AUGCCUUAUGAAAGCGCGCUUCAAGACUCGCUCCGGAGGCUCUAUAGCGAGUCUUCUGAAUUUCGGAUCUCUAUUGAAAUCAUCGUCAAAUUGGCCAAAAGCCUCAGUCUCGACACUUUUGUUGAUACAGAGGAGUUUCCUGGCGUGACACGUCUCUCAAUUGCUGGAUCUCUUCUUCUCUUGGAAAUCGAUUUCGAAGAUGAUCACACAGUGUCUAAAGUGAGUCUUUCUCUGGGGAAUCACCCACUGGAAACUCUUGCAGAAGAAAACUCGUCUGCAAAGAUUUCCGGAAACAUUGUCUCAGAAACUGCUACUUCUGUAUCGUCGAAAAACGGGGCAAAAACUGUUGUCUUAUCUUUUCUGCCCGACCUUAGAGCGUCGUUCCUUCGAACACUGCAAACACAGCUAGGGCUCGGCCAAAGUUCUGGUUCCGUCGCCGAAGAAAUUCUUUUUGCCAGCCUUGAAGGCCCAAAAUUGGGAUCAUUUCCAAGAAAUUUAGAAUACCUCGCGGACCUUGAUCGCGUCUCGCCACCGGAGGGAGAUUUGAUUGUAUACAUAGAAAACUUGGCCAUGUAUAUGUCUGCCAUUCACCACCAAGAAUGCAUACUCAACCCUGAAGAUUGGCAGAUAGCAGACGGUCUUACAAACAGUGUCGGGAAAGUGAUUCUCAAUGACAAAGACCAGAGACAUGUGGGUGUCUUUCUACAAUUCUGGCAAGAUUGUCGCGUUCUCAACCAUUACUUAAUCCAGGACCAGAGGCCUCAGAUGGGAAGAAAAUACUCUGCUCUUUUAGCUAUCGAAGAGUCCAAAUCUCCAGCGGUGGACUAUGUGUUGGAUGCCAAAUCUAAACCAUGGCAUAUCCUGACUUCCAGUGGCGAGAAAUUGCCAUAUUUUUUCGGGGGCGAGACUGAAUUUGCCCACUUACAUAACCACCAGAGUGUCACUGCAAACUCAAAUUGGAAACUCGUGCUUCGGUUCGCGGAACCGAUCUUUUUUCCAGAGACGCUCUUGCAGUAUUUGGGCAUCACUGACUAUGAAUGUGCAAAGCCACUGGAGCUCAACAACAUGUGGAAUGAAAUUGCUGAGACAGGAGAGCUCAGAUUCAAGAACACGGCGUUGGAGUAUGUGUUUGCGUUUGACGAGUUUGCUCCCCACGUGAACUUGCUGGCGGUAUCUCUUGGAAACCUUCACAUUCUUGCAGAGCUUUUACCUGCUCUCCGAAACCAGAUCACAUUCAUGAAAAUCUUCGAGAGUGUUGCUCUAGACAAAAAUAGUGAGUACGUC